AUGGAUCGCAGUUUCGACAUCGCAAGUACCGCGUCAAUCCAUGGCGGAAUUAUUCCCCUGGAACCAGUGAAGGAGACUAAGCUGAGAACAGCUAACCUCAAUCAAACAUCUCCCAAAGUCAACACUGAACCCGACAUCCCUGUUGCCGAAAAUAGUAAUGACAAUGCCUCCAGUCAAGGCCAAACGAGCGACCUGGGUAUGUCCAAGACCAGAGGAGUCAUCGUUAUCAUAACCCUUGCCGGUAUCAGUUUUCUUAAUACCAUGGGCUCAGGUAUUCUUAUCGCUGCUCUCCCCAAAAUUGCUCAAGACGUCGGCCUGUCUGAGAAUCUCAUCCUUUGGCCCGCAGCAGUAUACGCGCUAGCAGCUGGAUGUCUUUUACUCAUCUUUGGCGCAAUUGCAGAUGUUGUCGGUGCCAAAUUGAUGUGGGUUACUGGAAGCUUCCUCUUUGUCGUCUUCACAUUGGCUGUUGGACUUGCUCAGACAGGCAUCCAGAUAAUUCUCUUCAGAACAUUGCUCGGGGCUUCCAUUUCAAUGUGUCUUCCCACAGCGGUUAGCUUAAUAGCAAACACCUUUCCUAAAGGUCCCUGGAGGAAUGUCGCUUUUGCCAUCAAUGGUAUGGGCAGUCCUCUGGGUUAUGCAAUGGGUCUCGUUCUCGGAGGUAUCUUCACCGAUACUAUUGGCUGGAGAUGGGCUUAUUACAUGAUGGCCAUUAUCAAUUUCUGUUUGUCAAUGGGUUCCAUAUGGUCUUUACCUUCUGUUUACACUGCAUCGGAAAGAAAAUGGACGACAAGACUGAAAGAUGAGAUUGAUUGGAUUGGUGCAGCGACCAUGAGUGUGGCACUCGGCAUGCUUCUCUAUGUUCUGGCCAUGAUCUCUUCGUCUUACAAGAGACUUGAUGAUCCUGCCAAUAUCGCGCUUUUGACAAUAGCAAUUGUCUUAUUAGCGGCAUUCCCAUUCUGGAUGGACUAUCAAGUCAAGCAUGGAAGGCCAGCUCUCAUCCCCAACAGUUUAUGGAGGAACCGAUCCUUUACUUCUGUUUGUAUCGCUGUUUUCCUCUGCUGGGCUUCACUCAACGGCAUCGAGUAUUUCACCACCCUUUACUUCCAAAAAGUAGAAGGUCUCUCAGCCCUGCAAAGCUCCCUCCGAUUUCUCCCCCACGUCAUAAUGGGCGUGGCAGCAAACAUCAUCACUGGUAUUCUCAUUGCCAAGGUCAAAGUGAGAACACUGGCUGUUGUAUCAGCUCUCGUAACAAUGGUGGCAGCACCACUUAUGGCGACUGUUGACGUAGGUGAGAAUUACUGGCUUGCGCCCUUUUGGGCCAUGUUCCUUUCACCCGUCAACCCAGAUGUUCUCUUCACCGUAUCAAAUCUUGUCAUUUCCGACGCUUAUCCCCCUGAGAUGCAGUCACUUGCUGGUGGUGUUUUCAAUGAGGUAGCGCAAUUUGGAAACUCCGUUGGGCUGGCGAUCACUGCUGCUAUCGCUGCAUCUGUUACUGAGCACUCCGGGAUUACGGCGCGCGAAGAAGCUUUGAUGAAGGGUUACAGAGCCGCUUUUUGGACCAUCUUUGCUAGUUGCACUACUGUCACUAUUGUAGUUUGGCUUGGUUUAAAGAAAGGGGGCAUUGUUGGUAAGAAGCAAGAUUAG